GGCAUCCGAGCCCCAUUACUUUGUGAUUCUAUCUUUACUUUUCUUCCUUCCUUGUAUAUUCUCUUAAGUUCCCAUUCUCUCUCGAUCCCUUGUUUAUUACUAAUAGGCUUGUAUGGCUUGGAAAAAGUAAUCAUUCUCCAUAAAGAUAUCUCUUUGGCAUCUGGGGUUGCUUUCAUUUCCUCUUUUCGAUCUCCACUUCCCUUUAAUCUCCCUUCUGCCCAUCUUUCUUUUUGUAUGUAUUUGUCAUUCUUCUCUUAAAAAAGUUACCUUUUGCACACAGUUUUCUCUUUUCACCUUCUCUUCGUCUUAUUCUUCUUUUUUCUACCACCACCAUCAUUUCUGCCAUGUUGUGUAUUUGAUUCUUUGCAACUUCAUUUUAUGGUUGGAGAGCAUCUUUUGGAAAAAGCCUUCACUUUUGUACUUUGAUACAGAAAAGAGCUUUUACUUAUUUGAAAGGUUGAUUUUGUUCCUUUGAGAAUCUUGUUUUUCGUCUCUGAGUUAUGUGGAGGAAAAGUGUCUUUCAGGAAAUUUGAAGGACUGUUUAUCUGGUGAAUCAUUGGUCUAUAAAUUAGAAGUUGCUCACCAAGGAUGGGUGACCACUUUGUUUUUCUGGUUGAUCAUCUGCUCACAGAAUCAACUCUGGAGGCUGCAAUUCAAAGCAGGAACCCGAAACAGGCGGUUCGGUCUGCGGUGGAGGAGGACACAAGACGGGCAUGCUUGGAUUCCGUAGCGGGCAUGCCGCUAAGGAAGAUAGUAGAGUGCAGGAUUUGUCAAGAUGAAGAUUUGGCUUCAAAUAUGGAGACUCCUUGUUCUUGCUGUGGUAGCUUGAAGUAUGCACAUAGGGACUGCGUACAAAGGUGGUGCAAUGAGAAAGGUGACACAGUGUGUGAGAUAUGCCGACAGAAUUUCCAGCCUUGUUAUACAGCACCGCCUCCUCAGUUCCGCCCUCGGAAUCUGCCUACAAGCUCAAGGGGAAAUUGGGGAAUUAUUACUAGAAGAGAGUUGAGUAAUCGUCAUCUGGUCGCAGUGGUUCCAAGUGAUCAGAAUUUCUCCAAUUCUGCCUAUGAUGAUUAUGCAAUCUCUUCAUCGAGAAGCAUAUCAUGUUGCCGUUCAAUUGCCAUUAUAUGUGUGAUUCUUCUGGUAUUAAGGCACACUCUUCCAAUCAUAGUUAGUCAAGAAGGGGACUAUUCCUCCCCUUUGGUAAUGUUGCUGCUUCUAAGAAUCGCUGGGAUUGUUCUCCCCGUCUACAUUUUAUUCAAAGCAGCGACUUCUUAUCUCCACCACAUUUAUCAUCAGGCUAGUAUGCCCAUUUCUCCUGAUGAAGAAGCUGGAUACUACUAGCUGGUGGGUGUGUGAUCAAUAUUCAUCAACCCUCUUCCUGUAUAGCUAAUCAUUUCUACUGAAACAAGCCAGCUUCCCGCUAUUGCACUGAAAUGUUUAUCUGCUAUCAAUCAUUACUCAGCAGCGCUCUCUUGGACAAUAUAUGGCUUUGGGGUAGAAAUUUGUUCUUCAAAGUGGGAAGCAUGACUACUAUAGAUGAAACAGCAGGUUUAUGUGUCAGAAAUGGAGAAGUCUAUUUAUAGAUCAGAUCGUAUCAGAAGGAAAAAAUAAGUAAGAAUAGGUGGAUGAUGGGUCCUAGGUGUCGUAAAAUGGUGAUGCAGAAAUGUACAGCCUAGCAUAGGUGCUAAAUCAUACGUAUUCUUUUGUAUAUAAAACAAAGCAUAUCAAAUAUAUGGGCCAAAAGAAAUUGUUAUUUUAAUCCACUGAAUACCAAGCUAAUCAAACAUCAGAGGUGAGACCUUAAAGAACUCAAGUUUAG